AGAGAUUGGUUGGGCUGUUGGCUUCACCAUAUCCAGUCAUACUACCGAUUUUUGGCACAGCUUGUAGCAGGCAAAAACUUUGCCCGAAAGAUAUAACUGUCACAGCCGCCAAUAUUAACUCUGAACUCUGAAGCACUCGCUUCCUAUCAUUAAUCAAAUCCCCUACUCUUUAGUAAUUUCUUUGCUUGGACUUCUGGAAUUUCCCUGCAUCUUUUCAUGGCUCUGCAGCUCUGCUCUUCUUCUUCUUCUCUGCUUUCUCUCUGCAGCCUGCAACUGCUCCGUCUUUCUCCCAUUGCAUCCCCUUCAGACCAGUUUCUCAAACCAACAAUAAUGCCCCAAGGUAUCCUCAAGAAGAAGAAGCAGAAGCAUUCCCUACUUUUUUGCCGGUCAAGCAAUGAUGAGAGCAACGAGGAUUAUUACUUGGAUGCUCCUGUUUCAGUAGGAGAUGGCUUUUCUUUUAGUGGAGGAAAAUAUUCGGAUGAGCCAAGUCCAGCUGAUGAAUGGUUCGAGCAAGGAAAGAUUGUAAAAGCACAUCCUGUUGGGGGUACUGGUGACAAGGCCAAGGAUCCCAUCUUUGGUCUUGCAAUGGGAGGUGGUUCACAAACCUCAUCUGAUCUUUUCAGAUGGUUUUGCGUUGACAGCGGAAGUGCUGACAAUCAUCCCAUUGUGUUAAUUCAUGGUUUUCCUUCACAGGCAUAUUCCUACCGCAAAGUCCUUCCAAUACUUUCAAAGAAAUAUCAUGCUAUUGCAUUUGAUUGGCUUGGAUUUGGAUUUUCUGAUAAGCCCCAACCUAGAUAUGGUUUUGACUACACUCUGGAUGGUACUUGCAUUCAGAACCCAGGGAGAAAAUCACUUAUUUUUGUCCUUACAAAGAAAUUGAACUUGGUAACAUUGAAGAUGGAUUCUGUCUGCUCAAACUAUUGUAUGCCUUGUAUGGUUGCAGAAUAUACGACAUCCUUGGAAUCUAUUAUAGAUGAAACCACCAAGGGUAAAGCCACACUAGUUGUCCAGGGCUACUUUUCGCCUGUUGUGGUCAAAUAUGCUAGCAGUCGUCAAGAAAAGAUUACUGAUCUCAUACUUCUCAACCCUCCACUCACAGCCAAGCAUGCCAAUCUCCCGUCCACAUUAUCCAUAUUCAGCAACUUUCUGUUGGGGGAAAUUUUUUCUCAGGAUCCUCUAAGAGCCAGUGAUAAGGCCCUGACAAGCUGUGGCCCAUACGUAAUAAAAGAAGACGUCGCAAUGGUUUAUAGGAGACCUUACCUCACGUCUGGUUCUGCAGGAUUUGCACUAAAUGCAAUUAGCAGGGCCAUGAAGAAAGAACUUAAGCCCUACAUUGAAGAGAUGAGAAGGAUACUAAUGGACGAAAACUGGCAAGUUAACACAACAAUCAUUUGGGGCGAACGAGACCGCUGGCUAAGCUACAACGGAGUCGAGGAAUUCUGCAUAGAAUCGAAGCACCGACUUAUAAGACUUCCAAUGGUAAUUUCAUGCAGUGGACUAGCAACAUUACGCCCAAAAUUGCAAUACUGCUUGGCCAAUUAGAGCAGUUCAGAAGAAAGCAGGGCACCAUGUACAGGAGGAUAGCGGGGAAGAGGUGGCGCAACUUAUUGCUCAAGUUGUUGGCCGGUAAAGUCUUAUUUUGCAGGAUUUCUGAAGCUGCGUUGUUUAAUCUUCCGGGAACUCCAUAAAGUGAUCUGACUCCUGUAUCUGGAACCAUAAAUGUAGAUAUGUAACUUGAUGAAGAAUUAAUUUGAGAAAAUUAUUAUCCCUGUCUGUCUGCUUCAAAGAGUGCAGAAAAACCCCGUAUACACUUCAAGCCGUGGAUGUCAAGAUCCAACAAAAACCCCGUGUCUGAUUUUCCUAUUCGUUCUUUGCGUUUUAUUAGUGAUGCUAUAACGAAUAAAUAAUUUUCCUGUCAUCAGUGAUGUUAUAAUCAAUACAUAUAAUUUAGGUACAA